AUGCAUUAUCACGAGAAAGGAAGCAAUAAUACAAACGUUCAAAGAAGUUUUAUAUCAUUCCGACCAGAAGAAAGAAGAUACUUACCACUUACCACCACCACAGAUAGACCAGAGGAUACGCAAUCACCAGAUAUAGACCAGAGAAAAAGCAUGCACCAGACACAGUACACCAGAGAAGACCAUAUUAGCAACAGCAGCAGCAACACCAGCACCAUGGAAAAACCAGAGAACAAACGACACCAGAGACCAGACAAAGACCAAACAACAAGCAACACCAGCAGAGACCAGACAAAGACCAAGAAGCAGACAGCAGAGACAGCAGAAAAGGAAUGGCAGCAGCACCCACGUCAAACAGGCAAAAAAAAAUUAUCAAAACCUAACAAACAAAUUCAGUUAGUACUGAUUCUGCGUCUUCCAGUGCUCGUUUAUCGAAUGGUACCUACUAUAUCCUUCUUCAAAGAAGCAGUGUCAAGUUCUUUUAGCAAUACAAGGCAGUGUGAUCAGAAGUUGGAGUGUUAUUAUCAUUCGAACAGUUUCAAAACCAACAUGGUUUGA